AUGCUCUCCUUCGGCAUCGAACUCGAAUUCCUCUUCUACUUCCAACUCCCCCCCCACGGCCGCCACGUCCUCAAAACCCUCCGGCACAACACGGUCCAAUACCACCUCCGGCCGGACCAAGAAGCGCGACACCCACACCCCAUCCCCGUCCUGCCGCGGCAUUUCCACUAUGAAUCCAAUCUAAACAAUGACUACGACGAUCCCAACGGCGAGGGCAACAGCGACAGCAACAGCGACGACAACCCCGAAAAAUACGCCAACUACCUCUACACCGCCAACGAAUACGACGACGACACCGACGAGAACAACCCCACCGACGACUCCCCGACCCCGCGCGGCUGGGCUGCUGAUUUAAUUCGUGCAGCUAUUGCUAGCGUGCCCGGCGCGCGAGUCGAUGAUCUUGAACCUCCACCCCCUGGUGAGCGUAAUAGCAACAACAAUGACAACAUCCCGCAGGAGUUAAAAGACAUGUACGUCUACCCGGGCCCGGACGACCCCAACGGCGGGUAUGUCCCUGGCGCGAGCGAGUGGGUGGUCAAAACCGACGGGUCUGUUGGGGAUCACACUGUUGCGAUCCGUGGGAGCCAGGGGGAAAGGUAUCAUGGUCUCGGGUUUGAGGUCACCAGCCCGGCGUUGUACGACUGCCCAGCCGCACACGAGCACAUCCGGCGGGUAGUGACCGAGCUGGUGACCCGGUUUCGGUUGCGUGUGAAUCUCAGUACGGGGUUUCACGUCCACGUCGGGCCUGGGUCUGGUCUUGGUCCCGGUUCUACUCCCAACCAACACCAAGCCGAAGGGUCGUCGUCCCAAAACAAAAAGCCCGAAUUCGACUUCAGCCUCUUCAAACGCGCCACCGCCCUGCUCUGGGCCGCCGACGGGUUCCUCGCCCACAUCCACCCCCCCGAGCGCCCUCUAGCCGGGUAUUGCCCCCCCAUCGGUCUGACCUCCCGUCUCGCCCACGGCCUGCGUGUGGCCCAAGUCCGUGGGAAAGACGAAGCCUCGGGCCAGGAGAAGAUCCUCGAGCGGGAGAUGCCGCUUCGUGACCUGAGCCGUGUGUCCAUGGAGUAUGGACAGCGUACCUCUUUACCGUCGUCCACCUUCCCCCGGUUAUCCUCCUCCUCCUCCUCCAACCCGGUCCCAACUCUCAACCCCUCCUACAACCAGAGUGCCCCAACCUUCAACCACAUCCACCCAGACCCCUCUCUCCUCCAAAAACACAUCACGCCCGUCUCAGGCACACACCAUAUCCUAGCCUGUUCCAACCCUGCUGAAGUCGCCCAACUCUUCGCUGCUCCCAGCGGCUGGGGUUUCUACACCCGGGCUAACUACAACCUUACCCACUUCUUGGGGAGGAGUCCGGAGGAGAGGACGAAAACGGUGGAAUUCCGCGAAGCCACAGGCACCGUCUCGCCGGCCUGGAUCGGGACGUGGGUGGGGAUUUGUCUGGGGGUGUUUCGGUUUGCUGGGCAGGCGUCGAGGGGCCAGUUUUGGGGGGUUGUGAAGCGGUUGGAGGAGACGGAGAGGGGUGAAACUCCAUAUGAUGUGGUGGGGUUUUUGUUUGAUUUGGGGUUGUUUGCGGAGGGGUUGUUUGUUGAGUCUAAAUUACUUGGGGGGGAGGGGGAAGAUGAGAGGUUUUGGUAUCCGGUUGUUUUGGGGGUUAGGAGGGAGGAGGGGAGUGAGUAUGGGUAUGGGAGUGAGUACGGGUAUGGGAGUGAGUACGGGUAUGAUGACUAUGAUGAUGAGGAGGGGAAGUAUAGGGAGUAUGGGGAUUUAGAGAGUUUUGAGGCGCAUGAGAGGGAUAUUAAGGGGAAGUGGAAGGCUGUGGACGAGGAGUUUGUCUAUCGGGGGAAGGUGGAGAAGGAUGAGGAGGAGUUUCGCGAGGAGGACUAUGAUGGGGCUUAUUCGUAUGACGGGGAUUGGUAUGAUGAGCAUGCUAGGGAGAGAUAUCGGGACCUUGGGUCGUUGACGACUCCCGCUGAUCCGGAUGCUCAUACCAUGAGGUGGCUGGCUGAUGCGCCGGAGGAGUAUGAGCCGAUAGGGGAUCAGGAGUUGCCCUAA